GGCGGACCCGCGGCCGCGCUGCGCCAGCAGGAACGGGUGUACGAGUGGUUCGGGCUGGUGCUGGACUCGGCGCAGCGCUUGGAGUUCAUGUGCGGGCUGCUGGACCUGUGCAACCCGCUGGAGCUGCGCUUCUUAGGCUCGUGCCUGGAGGACCUGGCGCGCAAGGACUACCACUGCCUGCGCGACUCGGAGGCCAAGGCCAACGGCCUCUCGGACCCGGGGCCCCUGGCCGACUUCCGAGAGCCCGCCGUGCGCUCGCGGCUCAUCGUCUACCUGGCGCUGCUGGGCUCGGAGAACCGUGAGGCCGCCGGCCGCCUGCACCGCCUCCUGCCCCAGGUGGACUCGGUGCUCAAAAGCCUACGCGCGGCCCGGGGCGAGGGCUCGCGGGGCGGCGUGGAGGACGAGCCCGGCGAGCACGGCUCGGACGGGGUGGGCGAGGAGGACACCGAGAAAGACGGCUCCGGCCCGGAAGGCAGCGGCGCCGAGUCCCGGGCCGGCGAUGGGCUGGGCUUCAGGGCCCAGGAGGAAUUGCUGCUGCUGUUCACCAUGGCUUCGCUGCAUCCGGCGUUCUCCUUCCACCAGCGGGUCACCCUGAGGGAGCACCUGGAGAGGCUCCGCAGCGCACUCCGUGGGGGCCCCGAGGACGUGGAGGUGGAGCCGUGCAACUUCGUCGGCCUCAGGGCCCAGAAUGACUCUGCUCAUGGUGAUUACGUGCAAAGUAACGAGGCCAGUUUAAUAGAACAAGCCCCAAUACCUCAUGACGGACUUACUGUGGCACCUCAUAGAACCCAGCGAGAAGCUGUACACAUUGAGAAGAUAAUGUUGAAAGGAGUCCAGAGAAAAAGGGCUGACAAAUAUUGGGAGUACACCUUCGAAGUAAAUUGGUCUGAUCUUUCAGUCACUACAGUAACAAAAACCCACCAAGAACUACAGGAAUUUCUACUGAAGCUUCCCAAGGAACUGUCUUCAGAGACUUUUGACAAGACCAUUCUGAGAGCCUUGAAUCAAGGGUCACUGAAGCGGGAGGAACGGCGACAUCCUGAUCUAGAGCCCAUUCUAAGGCAGCUAUUUUCAACUUCAUCACAAGCUUUUCUCCAGAGUCAGAAAGUACACAGUUUUUUUCGGUCCAUGUCAUCAGAGCCUCGACACAACCUCAAUAACUUACAACCCUCUCUGAAGACUUCCAAGACAUUAGAACACUUGAAAGAAGACAGCUCAGAAGCUUCAAGUCAAGAAGAAGAGUUACAGCACACCAUAAUCCAUAAGAAACACACCGGGAAGAGUCCCACUGUGAACACCAUUGGUACAAGUUGUUCUCCAUUGGAUGGGCUCUGUGUGCAGUAUUCUGAACAGAAUGGCAUUGUGAACUGGAGGAACCAAAGCUGCACCACCAUUCAGCACCCUGAGCACUGUGUGGCCUUAGCUGACCAGCAUUCCACUGAAAAGCGAAGCUUAUCUUCAAUAAAUAAGAAGAAAGGAAAGCCACAGAUAGAAAAGGAGAAAAUUAAGAAAACUGACAACAGAUUGAAUAGUAGAAUGAAUGGUAUUAGACUCUCCACUCCUCAGCAUGCCCAGGGUGGUUCUGUGAAAGAUGCGAAUUUGGACAUUGGAUCUGGACAUGACACAUGUGGAGAAACAUCUUCAGAGAGUUACAGUUCUCCCUCUAGCCCACGACAUGAUGGAAGAGAGAGUUUUGAAAGUGAAGAAGAAAAAGACAGAGACACAGACAGCAAUUCCGACGACUCUGGGAAUCCAUCUGCAACCAGGUUCACAAGUUAUGGCUCUGUCAACCAGACUGUCACUGUCCAGCCACCUGUAGAAAUGGCUUCCUUAGGAAACGACAGCGGAAGCCUUUUAGAUGAUCCCUUACACUCGCCCAAGUAUCAGCAUAUUUCUUUUAUGCCAACUUUACACUGUGUCAUGCACCACGGUGCCCAGAAGUCUGAAGUGGUGGUUCCUCCCUCCAAAUCUGCUGACGGCAAAACAAUAGGCAUGCUUGUUCCAGGUCCUGUUGCUAUUUCUGCCAUAAGGGAGUCUAGCAGUGCAACUCCUGUUGGGAUACUAGGGCCGGCGGCUUCUGCUGGGGAAUCAGAAAAACACCUGGAACUGCUGGCUUCCUCUUUGCCCCUUCCAUCAGCGUUCCUUCCCCAUAGCGGUACUCCUGCUUUGCACCUAACGAUUCAGAGGCUAAAGCUGCCCCCACCACAGGGGUCUUCAGAGAGCUGCACACUGAAUGUCCCGCAGCAGCCAGCUGGGAGUCUGAGCAUCGGAUCACCAAACACAGCCUUCAUUCCUGUCCACAACCCAGGCAGUUUCCCAGGAUCUGCUGGUGCUGCCACGGACCCCAUCACCAAAUCUGCAUCCCAAGUGGUAGGACUCAAUCAAAUGGUGCCUCAAAUUGAGGGAAACACAGGGACAGUCCCUCAGCCUACCAAUGUGAAGGUAGUUCUUUCAGCAGCUGGCCUCUCAGCCCCACAGCCACCAGCGCCCUAUACCUUACCAGGCUCUCCCCUCGCUGCCGGUGUGCUGCCCAGCCAGAAUUCCAGUGUGCUCAGCACAGCGGCGACAUCCACCCAGGCCGCGGGGGCCGGUCUGAGUCAGGCCCAGGCUACAGUCCCUCCUGCGGUUCCUACCCACACCCCAGGCCCCGCUCCUAGCCCGAGCCCUGCUCUGACACACAGUACUGCACAGAGCGACAGCAACUCUUAUAUCAGUGCUGCAGGAAACACGAACACUAAUGGGACAGUGUUGCCGCCACAGCAGGUGGGCUCAGGUCCAUGUGGUUCUUGUGGGCGAAGGUGCAGCUGUGGGACCAAUGGAAACCUCCAGCUAAAUAGUUACUAUUAUCCUAACCCAAUGCCCGGACCUGUGUACCGACUCCCUUUCUUCCCUCUGCCAUCCCUCUGCAAUGGCAGCUACCUCAGCCAAGCACAUCAGAGCAAUGGAAACCAACUCCCUUUCUUUCUGCCUCCGACUCCAUAUGCAAAUGGACUGGUACACGACCCGGUCAUGGGGAGCCAAGCCAGCUAUGGCCUGCAGCAGGUGGCAGGAUUUGGGAGAUACUACCCUGUCUAUGCAGCACCCAGUGUAGUUGCCAACACAAGCGGUUCGGGGCCUAAGAAGAAUGGGAGUGUUUCAUGUUACAACUGUGGUGUAAGCGGACACUUUGCACAGGAGUGUAAGCAGUCAUCCAUGGAGGCCAGUCAACAAGGCACUUACAGACUGAGAUACGCACCUCCCCUCCCCCCUUCUAAUGAUACGUUGGACUCUGCAGACUGAACCGAGUAAAGCUUGCCUACCUAAUACACUGAAGUGUGGGGAAUCAUGGUGGGGUGUGGAGGGGAGGAAAGGAAAGGUAUUUUGUUCGUGUUUCUUUGUCUAUACAUUUCUGAGAUGUCUAUGCAGUUGGGUUUUUCAUUUCUUCUGUACUGAUGUCCAAAACAAAAAAGAAUGCAUUGCUUUUGAGCCUCUGGUCUCCUAGUUCAACAACAGGCUUAUCUGUAUGAUACAUGUAAUUUAAACAUCCAAACAAACUAUCAACAGGAAAAUGGAUGCGUGGUGGUUUUUUUUUACACUGAAUCUUUGCUGUGUGCAAUGUUUACUGAAUCUUUAAAACUGUGUAUUUGACCUUUUUUUUUUUUUUUUUACAACACUGGUGACAGUUGUAUGGUUUUGAAAAAAAAGAUAUUUUGCUUCUUCCCCAGCUUUUCUCACUUUCAUCCUAAAGUACACUUUCUCCCCACCGCCCUCCCACUUUCCCGGGGCCCGCUGCAGGGGGCGGCUGGUGCGUUAGUCCACACUUCUGUAAACUGCUCAGCACAUAAAUUGAGAGUUAAACUGUUUCACCUUCCUCAUAAGGGAGAAAUCAAAUUCCCCAAGUAGGGUGUAUAUUUGUAAUAAACAGCAUCACGUAAAUAUAUGCAGCGCUUGUUGUCCAAAUAAAACUUAAAAUAAGUGGAAGAAGUAAAACCAUAUGAAACUGAAAAAAUAUGAUAUAUGAAGUGGACAGAGAGCUUUUUCUUAUAAACAAACAACUUUUUUUACUUCAUCAUACUUUUGUAGCCUGUUGCUCAGAGACAUAAAGUGAACAAACUAGUGUGAAUGCUGUUUUCUGUGUUUGUGUUGGCAAUGGCAGUCGACAGGCUGUCUUACUUGUAGUCUACCAUGUGUCCUGCGGAGACACUACCUGAGCGAAGAUCUCUUUUUUCCUGCACCAACUGUUACAGUGUUACGUUGUGUUGAAAUGUGUGUGGUUUAUCGCAGUCUGAACAGAACUCUAGAUUUCUGCAAAAGUCAGGUCUUUGUUCCCUAACCUCUCAUAGCAAAGUCACUUUUAUACCAGUUUACCACUGUGCUCGAUUAUAAUGUGAAAGACUGAAUUCCGAGUGUGUUAAGACGGUAUUAAUCAUGUCAGUGUCAUGUCACUAAGUUUAAUGCUGCUGUUUAAAAAAAAAAAGGUUUUUUUAAAGCCAAUCUAUGUACUAAAUUGCUUCCAGGUAAUUUUUGAUUUCCUAAAGUGCACUGAGGUUAUCUGGAAGAUUGGGUGUGUUUGUGGGCUGCUGCAUUCAACAGCAAGGAGCACCUGCCACUGCUGGUCACGGGCAAGGGGUGGGGCUUGGGUCUGUUCCUGUCCCUCGGGACAGAGCAGAAACGAAGGGUUUUUGUUCUGUGCAGCAAUGUUGGUGUGCAGCAAGGAACCGCGAUGUUCGGUCUGGGUUCAGAAGCCCAACAGAUUGCUAGACAAGAGAAAAAACUUGAAGAAAAAGAAGCUUCAUCCAAUGCUUCCUAGGUAGCAUUUCUAUUUAUAGCACCAAUGUACAUUUUGAAACUUUCAGGGGUGGGGAUUAAAGGGGGAGGGGCGGGUGUGAAGGGGUAGAUGAAAGCUUUAAUUUAAAAAGAAAAAAAGUUUGAGCAAAGGCAAUUAUUUUGAUUAAUUAUAUUUUAUUUGAUCUGGGUAUUUUUGGACCACAUUAUAAAUUAAUUGUUAAGCUGCAGUUGAGUUCAAGUGAGAGUUUUGAUAAGCCACGUACUGACCGCGUUGUGAAUCACUCACCAGUUGUACUUAUGGAGCUUAUUUUAUGAUUUAAAAUACUGUACUGUACAUAGGAGGUGUGCUGCCUUCUCCUUACUUGUAUGUUUACCAUAUACUUUGAUAUUUGAAAUGUUAUGUACUGGAAAGGCCACUUAUAUUUCUAGAACAGAUUGGAUUUUAUGCAACCUUUUUUCCUUGAAUUAACAGCAAUAAAAAAAUGAAAAACAGCUUAA